AUGGCUAACAAUAAUUAUCUUAAGAGAGAACCUGGUCUCACUUAUUAUGGUACAGGUUAUGAUCCUUAUAGUGGUUAUGAGAACAUUGAAAACUACGGUUCUGUUUAUCAGCCGACUGGACGAGAAUAUCCAUUUGGUUACGGUUUUACUAAUGGACCAACUUCUGGAACAGAAGAUAUUCGUUUGGGUGGUCUUGGACAACAAGGCAUUAGUAGAUACGGUUAUAUGUAUCCAACAAAUUUUAAUCCAGUGCUCGAACCUGGCUUUGGUGGAUCCAAAGUGCGUCGCAUCUAUAUGCCUAAUCAUAUAGUAAAUGCACUACAAAAUCUACUGCAACAAAGUGGUGCACGCAUGAACCCUUUCAUAGGCGGUUUAGGAGGAUCUGGCUUCCCACAAAUACCUAUAAUGCCAUUACCAUACUCUCAAAUUGGUUCGAAUUAUUGGCCAAUGCCUUAUCAAGCACCAUCGAUUUUUCCACAAGUACCUUUUCCCAUUCCUUGCCCUCCUCCUAUGAUUCAACCAAUUAUGCCUCAAAUACCUAUGCCCUACAUGCCGAUGAUACCUCAGAUACCAAGUCAACAACCGAUGCCCUAUCCAUUGAUCAUGCCCCAAAUACCGAUUCCAACACCUUUAAUACCUGUUCCAUCUAUCAUUCCUAAAGUACAAUUCGGACCUCCUCCUAUGUCAUAUCCUUCAAUGUUUCCUUCAACACCAAAUGUACCAUUUGUCAUGCCUUGUCCUUCAAUGAUACCUCAAAUACCAUUCCCACCUCCACCACCAAUCGUGCAUCAGCAAAUACCAAUGCCUAUUCCUUCACCAUUGCCUCCGAUGGUACCACAACAGAUCAUGUAUCCACCUCAGAUACCAAUGAUACCACAACAACAAUUUUUUCCACAAAAUAUUCCUAACGGUUUUGGUGGAGCUCCUUUCUAUGGAGGUUUCAGCCAAGGAUUUCCUCAGUGUGGAAGUCUUAAUAGCUACGGUGCAUUGCCAAGUAUUGGUGCUAAUAUAUUGCCGAGCUUCAGUGGAAGCUGUCAACCAGGAUUCAUUCAAUCUGGGCUUCCAAGUUAUGGAGGAUAUGUCCAACCAGGACUUCCAGGAUAUGGAGGCUAUGUUCAGCCUGCGUUCCCAGGAUAUGGAGGAUAUAAUCAGCCUGCAUAUCCAGGAUAUGGAGGAUAUAAUCAGCCUGCAUAUCCAGGAUAUGGAGGAUAUAAUCAGCCUGCAUAUCCAGGAUAUGGAGGAUACAAUCAGCCUGUAUAUCCAGGGUAUGGAGGCUGCAAUCAGCCUGCGUUCCCAGGGUAUGGAGGAUAUAAUCAGCCUGUAUAUCCAGGGUAUGGAGGCUGCAAUCAGCCUGCGUUCCCAGGAUAUGGAGGAUACAGUCAGCCUGGACUUCCAGGAUAUGGAGGCUACAACCAGUCUAUGUUCCCAGGAUAUGGAGGAUAUAAUCAGCCUGCAUAUCCAGGGUAUGGAGGAUACAAUCAGCCUGCGUUCUCAGGAUAUGGAGGAUAUAAUCAGCCUGGAUAUUCAGGAUAUGGUGGAUUCAAUCAGUUAUCGUAUGCUAAUUACAACCAAGCAGGAUUCUGCCAUCCCAGUCUUUCAGGAUACGGUAGUUUUAGUCAAUUCCCUCAAGGAGGUUGGAAUCAACCAGGAUAUGGUGGCUUCAAUCAACAACCUUUUGGUAACUUCAGUCAGCCAGCAUUCGCUGGAUUCAAUCAGCAACCUUAUAAUGGCUUUGGGCAAUAUGGACUCGCAGCAUAUUGUCCAUCAGGAUUUUUUAAUAACGGUCAACAAUCCUGCGGUGAUUUUAAUCAACCAGGAUUCAAUAGAUUUCCUCCAGCUCAACCACAAUUCACCAAUACUUACCCACAACAAUCAUCAUUCAAUGCCGGUCCACAACCACCAUCAUUCAAUGCCGGCCCACAGCCACCAUCAUUCAAUGCCGGUCCACAACAGGCAUUCAAUAGUUGUCAGGCAACUAACAUGAAUAUAUCAAAUGGUCCACCAGCGUUUAAUGUUACAUCAUCGUUAAAUGGUCCAUCAUUAGGCAGUGUUCCCUGUCAGCCACCUGUUUUACCACCAGCUAGCAACUUGUCUCCGGUGACUCAGGCGCAAUUCGGGCCCUUUCAAGGUAGAACUGGACGAGUAACAAUUGUAUGUUGUGCUAUUCCUUCAUAA